AUGGCCUCCAGUUCGUCGGACGAAGAUUUUUUACUUUUAGAAAGUACUUACGUCAAAUAUAGAAAGAGAAGAACAGUUAGUGUAUCUGAUAUUAACAGAAAAAGAACUAAAUAUGGAACAUAUUAUCAUUUAUUCUUAAAAGAUAUAAAGGACGAUGAAAAGGAGUUUUAUGAUUAUACAAGGAUGACUCAAGAAACAUUUUACUACAUAUUAAAUUUAAUCGAACAUCGCUUAAUUAAGAAAUGGUGUAACUGGCAUGUUCAACCAAUUUCACCUGAAGAAAGACUCGUUAUCACUAUUAGAUAUCUUGCAACUGGAGAAUCAUUCAAAUCGCUUUCAAAAAAUUUUCGUAUAGGAGUAACAACAUUAACAAAAAUUAUAGAAGAGACGGUUCUAGCAAUAUGGGAGGAACUGUAUACCAUACAUAUGCCUACACCCACCAGAGAUAUAUUUUAUUCAAUAUCUAAUGAUUUCAAUAAUAUUUGGAAUUUCCCUCACGUCAUAGGUUGUAUAGACGGUAAACAUGUGCGCGUAAUGUGCCCAAAAAAAUCUGGAUCUAUGUUUUACAACUAUAAAAAAUAUUUUUCUGUGGUACUGCAAGCAGUAGCCGAUGCCAAUUAUAAAUUUGUAAUGGUAGAAGUCGGGGGCUAUGGUAAACAGAGUGAUGGCGGUACCUUUAGAGCAUCAGAUUUGUAUCAGUUUCUAAAUGAAAGAGAAUUAGAUAUUCCAUCGCCCGCUUAUUUGCCUAAUACCCAAGUCUCUGUUCCUUACGUAUUUUUAGCUGAUGAAGCGUAUCCUUUAAAAACAUAUUUAAUGAAACCCUUUGGGGGACGUGAUUUAACAGUGGACCAACAAAAUUUUAAUAGUCGCUUGUCCCGAGCGAGAAAAACAGUGGAAUGUGCAUUUGGUAGAUUAUACUCAAAGUGGCGUUUGUUAUCUAAAAGCAUCGAAACGGAUAUUCAACUAGCUGAUAAGAUCGUAAAAACUAUGUGUUUGUUGCACAAUAUAAUUAUUGAUAAAGAGGGUUUUGAGCGAAACUUGACUUCGGUAAAUAUUGUUAGACGAAGAUGGCACAAUCAAAGACUGAGUCCGCCUAGUAAUGUUGCUACAAACGUCAGAAAUAAUUUUGUGCAAUAUUUCAAACAUAAUCACUUAUUAUAUAAUUAAAUUGGGUAAUACUUUAUUAUUAAUAUUUUAUAACUACAAAAUUAAAAUAAAUCGAACUGAUCAUUGAAAGUA